GCCUAAGUGUCCAACUACCCAAAACCAAUUUGAGCCAAGAGAGUUCAUCUUUGAAAAUAGGAAUAUCUACUCUCUUCCCAGCUCCCACAAUACUCCCAUUCUCAGUCUCCCACAAUCCCUCAAAUCCUCAAAAAGUGAUACACCCAAUAAGUUAGGAGCCUAAAAUUUUGUUCCUCAACACUACCAUAAAGAUAUGGUUAUUUCUACUACUUUUCCAUCCUCUUCGCUUUCUAUCUCUUCACCAUUACAAUCUUCACCUUCAGUUCUCUUCUUCAAACCAUGGAAAAGUUGUUUAAUGGCGAAUUCUAGGAAACCCCAUCUUGGAAUUUCUGUUAAUUGUGCUUCCUCUGAUGUGGGUUCUUCCUCUUCUGAUUUUACUACUCUAAGGCAAGUUCAAAUGCCAUCGUUUGGAUUGUCAUCAAAUGAAGAUGCUCGCAAACCGGCAUACAAAUGGCAAAGGGUGCUGCUCAAAGUUAGUGGUGAAGCUCUUGCAGGAGAUAAUACUCAGAACAUAGAUCCUAAGGUCACAAUGGCAAUAGCACGAGAGGUUGCAUCUGUGACACGGCUUGGCAUUGAGGUGGCUAUAGUUGUUGGUGGAGGAAACAUUUUUCGAGGAUCAUCUUGGGCUGGGAGUAGUGGCCUUGACCGUUCAUCUGCUGAUUAUAUUGGGAUGCUGGCCACUGUUAUGAAUGCGAUCUUUUUGCAAGCAACAAUGGAGAGCAUUGGUAUCCCAACUCGUGUUCAGACUGCUUUUCGUAUGUCCGAAGUUGCUGAGCCCUAUAUACGUAGAAGGGCUGUCAGACAUUUGGAGAAAGGGAGGGUUGUAAUAUUUGCUGCUGGAACGGGAAAUCCAUUCUUCACCACGGAUACUGCUGCGGCUCUUCGUUGUGCAGAAAUUAACGCUGAAGUUGUGUUGAAGGCAACAAAUGUAGAUGGAGUAUAUGAUAAAGAUCCUCGACAAAAUCCAGAUGCCCAGCUGCUCAAUACCUUGAGCUAUCACGACGUAACAUCAAAAGAACUUUCUGUAAUGGACAUGACUGCCAUUACUUUGUGCCAAGAAAAUAACAUUCCUGUUGUCGUCUUCAAUCUAAACAAAGAAGGUAACAUCUCUAGAGCGAUUAAAGGAGAGACAGUCGGAACCAUUAUCGGAGGGCAGCGAAUUUCAACUGCAGCAGAGAUACCGUAGCUUGCACUUCGCAGGUUUAUUUCUAUAUAUCUUCUUUGAUAUAGCUUUAGCCGGAAAUGUAUGUAGGACUGCUGCUAUUUGAUAUUAGGGUUGUAAAUAUGAACAAUCUUGAAGUAGUUCCUUGGACCAUUCUCGAUUUUAGAGGUUUAUUAGAGUAUACAGAAUUUGUUUAGGGUUUUAGCAAAAAUGUUCGAUAUGUUCUUUGUUUAUGAAGCAUUGGAUGUGACUAGACUUCAUUUAACUGCAUAUAAGUCGUGGUCUUAGGCGGUUGCGGAGUUAGAAAUGUCCGAUUCAAGCUGGGUUUACCGCUCACUGAAACUUU